AUAAAUAUAAAGAGUAACUCAAACUUGUUUUGCCAAGACGAAACACGGAAGCUCCUUUGCAAAGCGCGCACCUUUAUCAGGCACCGCCAUGCACGCGCAGAAGGCGUGACCACGCAACUAUGAACUUUUUCCUUAUGACGCACUGGUUUCGUUUUCAAAAGCGGGAAUCACUGAGCUGUUUUGGUCGUUAAAACAGAAUAAUGUUUUGCCAUUUUAGUCAGUGUUAGAUCUAGUUAAAAGUCAGUAACUAGUAUAUCAGCAAAUCGAUAAUUCAGUAUCAAGGAUUGUUUAUGUGACACACACGAUGUCUAGUGAUUACACAGACCGAAAUAACUUAGCUUCCGCAAUUAAGACAUUAGGAGAUAUGCUAGAAAAGGAUGAAGCAUUUCAGAGGUUAAUGUAUAAUGCGAGCACAAAGGGAGAAAUCAACCGGGGCAGAGUGAAUAAAGUGUUCCUUAAAGCACUACUGUCAGCAGGAGACAAAGUAGGAGAGUUCUUAAAUGAGCUGAUAGAUCAUCUGAACCUGUUUAAAGUUCUGGGUGAUUUCAGCUGGAAUCCUCCUGUUUUAAAAGAAGCUGAAUUAAAUGAACGAACCAGCCAACUUCAGACCCAGCAGGAUGAGUAUGCAAGUGGAUCCUCCCAGUACGGUUUUGGGGAGACAGGCACUUCAGCAAGGGGUGACAUCACCUCACCAAGAGGGCCGCAAGUUGCAAGCAUUAAAGAAGAUCUGGCAAUCUCAAAACUUGCAGAGCUUAUAUUUGAAAUUGGAAGUCAUUUGGACAAAAUAGAAAAAAAGGGUCCAUUUUUACCAGGUAAGGUUAUUUACUACUGUCAACAGCUCAAAAAAUGUGUUUUGGUGUUUCGUGACCCUUUAAUAAGUUUUUUUUUGUUUCUUUUAGAGAAUGUAGAAAGGUUUUCAUUGGAUUCUUUUAUUACCUCUGAAAGUGUUAAACUUUCAUCUGAAGCAGUGGAGCUGGCACCUUGUUAUACUGAACCAGUGAUCAUUCAGAGGAGCAAAGAGCAGACUGAGAAAUACUGUCAAGAAUAUGUGAGGUCUCCACACACAUCAUCUCAUCUGUUAUCAAAUGAUAAGACUCAGAGCAUCAGAAUCGGCCAGCUCUUCAGUCCUGACAGUGAUGGAAACACACCGAAAACUGUGAUUCUCUGUGGAGAUUCUGGAAGAGGAAAAUCCUUCGUAUUAGAGAAGAUCAUCUUGGACUGGGUUCAUUUAGAACAUCAUUUUGAAAACUUUGAUGCUGUUUUUUUUCUGAAAUAUGAAGAGCUGAAGUGUCUUUCUGAGGAGAUGAGCCUGACUGAGCUCUUGAGCAGGAGCUGCAGUUUAACCUCAGAUCAGAUCUCACAGAUAUUACAAUUAACCCCAGAGAAAGUUCUGUUCCUCAUUGAUGGAAUUGAUGAUUUUUCAUUUAAUGCACACAUUCAAAUCUCAUCACCUACUGAUCCAUCCCAGAAAGCCCCAGUUAUAAGCAUUAUUCACUGCCUGAUGAGGGAUCUCCUGCUAGUUGAGUCUUCUGUGAUCGUCACCACUAGAUAUACCGCUGCUGCUGAAUUAAGCAGUCUAUGUAAAAGACCUCAGCGUUUCACAGAGAUUGAGGGUUUCUCUGAGAGAAGGGUGCAGGAGUAUUUCCAGAAGUUUUUUCAGGAUGAGCAACUCUUCAAGAAAGCAUUUGAGAGCAUGAAGACCAAUGAAACCCUCCUGACCUUCUGUUCUGUGCCUUUGCUGUGCUGGAUGGUCUGUUUUUGCCUGAAGAAAGAUGCUGAUCAGGUGAUGACAGAACUAAAGACCACCACAUCCAUAUAUGUGCACUUUGUGUCGACUCUGCUGGAGGAUCAUCACCAGAGUCAGUCUUUCCUCAGGAGUCUUGGUCAGCUGGCAGAGGAAGGGAUGAAGAACCGACAAAACCUGUUUGAUGAAAAGAGUGUAACCAGGACUGGCUUAGAUCCUGCUACUAGAGUGUUCAUGAAUAAAAUUUAUCUUAAGCGAAAGAAAAAACAUGAACUACUUUUCAAGUUUAAGCAUUUGAGCUUUCAGGAGUUCUUCGCUGCUCUUUAUUAUAUCAUGCUGGAUGAAGAAGAGUCUUGGUGCAAAGUCAGUGAGCUGUUUAACAUGAUGGAAUCAGAGGCUUUAAUCCACAGGUCACCUCCCAUCUUUAGAGGCAGAUUAUCAAAUCCCAUCCCUUCUGUCAUGAUGUUUCUCUGUGGCCUCUUUAAUAAGAAGGUGAGCAGCUCACUUUUUGAAAAGAUGAAGUCUACUUUUUCUCACAACUUAAAGCUGAAGAAAAAAGAACUGAAGAAAAAGCUGAUGAAAAUGAUCCCUGCAAUGAUACGUCAGUAUGGGUUUGAAUUGUUUGCUCUUCACUGUCUGUAUGAGCUCCAGGAUGAGAGAUUUGUCACGAAAGUUCUGGAAACACACAAGUUUAUGGAUCUGUCUAAUGUUUCUCUGAGGAGCACAGACUGUUUGGUGCUGUGCUACUGUCUUCGGUUGUGUCCAAACAUCAGAGAGCUGAACUUCAUGAACUGUGAUUUAACAGCUGCUAAACUCAAGAUUCUUCAGCCGGCUCUUGGUCUGUGUGAGACUCUGAGGUUUUCAGUGGAGCAUCUGUCAGAGAUCGGGGAUUUGAUCCAGAUUCUUAGUGAAUCAAAAAUCUUGAGAGAGCUCAAAGUUCGAGAGGAUGAAUAUGGUGUUGAGAGCCCUAGAUGGUCAUUUAACCUUUCAGUCACUCGUGGAGAUGUCUUGUUGACUUUGAGCUCAUCUGGGAAAAAUCCAUCAUUUUCAUCAGUCUUAAACAUCAGACUUACAUGUGCACAAUCACAGAUAUCCAGAACUGACUGGACACUCUUUCUUCAGAGACUCCGUAAGACAGGAACAUUAACUGAAGACUCUUCAGCUGAUGAUGAUCAUGUCAGUUUGCAGCUGUCUUCACUUCACUCUGUGGGAUUGAAGUCGUUGGAUCUGACGUUGGUCAGUCUGAAUGAGAGCUGGGCUUCUGGGAUCAUUUCCCUCAUCCAGAACUGCACCAGUUUACAGCAGCUCAAAGUCAGUGUCACUGGUUUGCUGUUGGAGGAGGGACUGAAGUUACUGAAGAAAUCACUGACAGAUCCACACUGCACCGUGAUCAUUGAAGGGAGGAGGAAUUGCAGUGAACCCUCAGAAGAGCACUUGAGGCAAAGUUAUGAGAAAGUGGAGAUUCACUUCAAACCAAAGCUUCUGGAGGAGCUGGCAGAGCUGAGCAUCUGUAACCCUGGAUCUUCUGCACUCAAUAUUCAUUGUCAGUCCUGUGUCGACGUUGCUGAUUCAGAUCAGUGGGUUCAGGUGGAGCCGUCAGUCUGUAGAGGUGAAGGAGGCACAGAGUUCAGGAUCAGCACUCCGGCGGGUCGAUUCCAGUGCAGCAGGACCAGAAUGCGAUGGGUUUGUGAUGGAGAUGUCACACUCCACUACCGGGCAGUGGAUGGACAUUUCCUCAACGCAGAGCUGGAGAGGCUUCAGUGUGAGCGAGUCGCUCCUGUGCUGGAUGUGAAUGUGAUCUCAGGGAAACUGGAGGAGGCUCAUCUGCCUCAUUACAUGUGUUUAGCAGAGUCAGACCCUGCACUCACCAACGCCGUCAAGCUCCUCAGUGUUGAAGAUGAGGGAAUAUCCUUGGAGUCUGUGGAGUUGACUCGCUUUCAUGCUAAAAUCCUCCAACCAAUGUUUUCUCCUAAGACAGUGCUUGUGAAACUAGGCAUACCAGUGAAAGUGCACUGUGAUCUACUUAUCUUCAUGACACAUACUUGCCCCAUCAUUCUCAAUGUGUAUUUUUUCCCAUCCGAUUCACUUGUUAAAGAAAAUAUUAAAACAGAGGAAAAAUCAAGUCACCAAAUCAAGUGUUCAAAACCUGAAGCCCUACUGCAGAUGAAGAAACAACACAGCCUUGAGGUUCCUGAUGCUGUUGUUCAACCUAAGGCAAUCAAAUUAAGAGGUAACAUGGAGCCAAACUUCUUUCAGGUCAAACAACCAGUGGUCAAUGACAUCACUAUGAUCCUCAGCCGAGUGGAUGAUCAGAAAUCAGUAUGGACAGGAACAAUUUGGAAAGAACUGAUCGAUAUAAAACUAAACAAAACAGAGUCGGACUUGUUUCAGUCUGGACAAAAACACAAGACAUCACAGCCUGCUCGCAGCUUUGACAAAGCUCAGUUUUUUGAUACACAUUGGUGUAAUCUUAUUAAAAGUGUUAAAAAUGUGAACGCCGUUGCAGACAAACUGCUUCAGGAACAAAUCAUUCAUGAUGAAUUAUAUUCUGAAAUCACACAUCCCAAUUCAAUCAGUGAGGACAGCAUGAGAAAGAUCUGCGUCAUAGUGAGGAAAGGUAGCGCCGCUGUCAAAGAGAUCUUCAUCUCUAUUCUUCUGCAAGAAAAUCCCAAUCUUUUAAAUCAUCUGCCUUCAUCUGACUCCUAAUCUGUUUCUUGUGAGGAUUCUAUAUGUAGUAUUUUACACAAAUGAUGAAAUGACAAGGAAACUACAAGUGAUCAGAUCUUACAUCUUAUGCUGCAGCUUUUGGAGAAUACUAUUUUCAGAUUUCUCACUGUUAGCCUUUCAGUGACUAAAACGCUGAAUUUCUAUGACCUAUAUUGAAUGGAAACACAAGGCGCUAUUAUGCCCUGCAGAAUAUAUAUUCGAAUUUAAAUUUAAUAGCCCUAACAGAUAAUUUACCUUAGAUUUAUAAAACAAAUGAAUCAGAAACAAGAGUGUCUGACACUCAGGGCAUACUCACACUAGGCACGAUUGUUUUGAGGCCCAUGAUUUUAUAGUUUACAAAGUUAAGAUGCAAAUAAAUAAACAGCAAGUAAUUUAAUACCCUGCUAUAUUUGCUAUUAGUAAUAUCAUACACACAUAACCACAAUUUGUUAUGUCAUUAAAGAUAACUGUGUUUAUAUAAAAUCUAUAAAUGAGGAGGACUUUUCUCCUCCCUAGGUCUGACUGCAGACACAGUAGACAGCAGUGCAGCACGUCUCUUUCUCUAUCUAUUUCAAUCAUUAGCCCUGCCGGUAAUCCGGAGGAUUUUAAACCUGUGCGAACACCGCAGCACAGAUAUAGGCGAUGUGUCUGAAUGGUAGCGGAGUCAACUGAUAAAAGACAAAGUCCGCCAUUCUCCAGUUAUCGUAAAGCUCUCCUGACAAAAAUCGCUCGUUGCAAAACCAACAGCUUUGCUGUAUCGGCUCCCGACAGCAUCGUGCUGUGCACUCACAGUGUCUCACAGCUUGGCAGGUCUGUCUGGUCUUUGGAAAGUAUGUGCAGGGUAGUGUCUGGAUGGUUUGAUGACAUUAAUUUUAAAAGAGACAAAAACUUACUUACAUAUUCGGAUAUUCCUAUGCUUACAAAAACAGCUAUUAGUAAUGACAAGAAACCUAAAAGACAACAGAAUCACCUUCGACAGAGUUCGAAGAGGACAAAAAUGACCCACUGAAGUCGAUCAAUUUUCUGCUAACCAUAAAGGAAGAAAUGGCCCAGAUGACACUUCUGACCAACUAUUAUGAUCAGAAACAGAAAGAGGCCUGGGAGUGUUAGCUUCAGAAAAAGAUAUUCUUUGCCGACUAGGAGCUACACUGAAAAAUGAGUUGCAUGCAGAACUGUUGCAAACAAUUUGUUUGUGUUGAAUUUAAACAAACAAAUUAAGUUUAGUAAUGUUCAACUUAAUUUGUGUGUUUAAAUUCAGCCCAAAUAAAUUGUUUACCACCUCUUAACAUAAAGAAAUUGAGUAAAUCCAAGGAAUCAUCUUUGAAUAAUUUUUUUCAGUGUAUAACCUUGGAGGACAAGACUUUUGGUAGACUGCCUGAAUGUUGAUGUAAUAGAAGAAAUUAUUUGCUAUGUUUGUAUUCAGAUUAGGGUUGGGCCAAUAGACGAUGCCAUCGUCCAUCGCCGAUGGCCAAUAGACAACAUAAUGCUGAGCCGACAUCGCAGAUUCUCCGCCCUGCCCCCGUCGCAAACCCGCUCGCGAAAAAUACACUCAGGCCCCUUUACACUAAUACAUCUUAGUGUUAAAAUGGCAUUUUAGAAUGAACAUGAUCCACAUCCACACCGUUUCACCUAGCAUUUCUGAACAGCCCUCUAUCCAUUGAAAAUGCACAUCACAUGACCACACACAUACAGCCACACGCUGCCAUGUGCUCCUCUGAGCUCCAGAGAGCAGUGCACAUCGGACAGGUUAUCAAGGAUGUACCGCUGGAUUGCAUCUCACUACAGUUGUUAAACGUGAUAUUCAGACAUCCCAUCGGGACUCAUAAUGGCUGCAAACGAGUGAUAUUCUCCUGGAAAUCGUGUGUCUCUCUCCUGGUCCUCAAAUAAGUCGCGCACCCUUCUGCUUAAACUGACUUCUGUAUACUCAAUGACUUAGGCUCUUUAUCCUCAACGGAGGAUCAAGUAAAGGAUUUUGUUUUGUUAUUGUAAAUGUUUUUUUUUCUUUUUCACUGGAUUUAUUUUACUAGUAAAAGUAUAUUUUAUGAUUUUUUUCCACUGGAGUGGACAUUGGCUUUUUUUGCAGAACCCAUCAAGAUACCUUGUGUGGUAAGGUAUGAAUCUGAUUUAUUCCUUAAACAACAUUACAAUAUAAGGUCCUAAACAAAACUCUAGCUAAGAAAUAUAGCCAAGAGAGGAUCAAUUAAGGUAUUAAAAAGGCAUCCAGUACAGCAGCCAUGGUUAAUAAAGAAGCAGGGUUUUCUCAUAGGAUAAGAAAACUCAGCUAUAAAUAAUGAGAAACCAACACGUCAUCUCUGUACAGGCAGAUCAACGAUGCCGAUUUUGAAGCCACCCAAAAGAUUAUUUUAAACCCGGAAGAUGAACUUAGAUGACAAAGCUCAAAAUUAUCCUGUUUUCCCCACAUAUAAAGCUGACAGGUGCUAAUGUUAUCUUAAAUAAUGCACAACACUCACAAAUCUGUAAAAAAGAAAAAAGAAGAAAAAGUACAAGCGUUUUUGAACCUUUAAUAAACUAUGACAGUUCGAGUUAAUUGAAAAGUAAGAAUUAUUAAAUCCUUAUAAAAAAAUAUUCCCUUAAAAGUGACAUCUGGUCUUCAGUUUAGCGCUCAGGCACACUUUGUACUCACACUACACACAUAUCGUGCCAAAGCCCAACUCUGGCACACCUCUUCCAAAUGGAACAGGGCCAGCCAACUGAACCUUGUCUGGGCCCAAUUCAGAGCACUCAAACUUGUUAAACUAACUGGGAAAUGAGGGUCAAACAUGCCCCGGCACAGGUUAGAUAGCCUAGUGUGAGUACACUCUCAGUCUUUAAAGUCAUUUUGUAGACUAGGCUCGAAUU